AUGGCGAACGAUGAGCGGAGGACAUCCUCGUGGGCGACGGACGCCGCCGUCGAUCUCCUCAACAGCUCGAAACUCACCUCGAACGCGUCGGAAAAACUGGAAAAACUGAAACAAAUCGAAGAACUCUUUCGCGGGAACACCUUCAACAAAGACGACGACCAAGAGAGCGAGGCAAAAGACGCGAUGACGGUCGUGUUGCGCCCGAUGUUUGAAUCGAUCGUGACGGAAACCGAUCCGCGAGUGCGCAAGUUCGGGUGCGAAUUGAGCGAACGCGUGUGCGUUUUACUCGGAGAAAACAUGUCCACUCUCUCGUCCGCAUCGUCCGUCUCGUCGAGAGCGGCGGUGGAACGCAACGGAGGACAUUUCGCGUCUGUGUUGGAGAGUUUGUUCGUCUUAGUCUCCGACGGGCAAUUUCCAGCGGUGCAAAAGAGAGCGACGGCGGCGAGCGCGAACGCGUUUCGAGAAGUUUUAGUGAACGCGGCGAUCGAAGGCGCGAACGUCGAUCCGAUGAUUGAUUCGGAGGGUUCGUUAGACGAGGGAGAGGAGAAGACGAAUACACAGACGACGAAGAAGAAGACGAAGAAGAAAGAGCAAUAUUCAAACGUCGCUUUGAUGUGGGAGAAAGCGUUGGCGCUGGCGCGCGCGAUAAGCGCGAACGUCUCGAACGAAACAGUCAACGACGGCGUGCGAAUGCAAUCGGCAAAGUUUUGCGAAAGCGCGUGCUUACUUUUAGCCGGCGUCGGGUGGGGGGCCUCGGUCGUCAAGCCGACGCAUAAGUUGUUGAAAUUGGACGAGUUGGGAAAGUUGUCGGACGAGAAAAGGGACGCUUUAGGGGACGGGCUGAAAGUAACCAUCGAGAAAGGCGCGAAACCGUGCGGACCGUUUACGUUGACCUUAAUUGGCGCGCUGGGGACGGUGUGCGUGAAAUCGGAGAGACACGCGGUAGAAUCGUUACAGGCGCUGGUGAACGCGUCUUCGACCUUGAGUAAACGGUUUAAAUCUGAGGAGGGUAGCGGUGGUAGUAGCGGUGGUGCUAUUUCCGCGUCGGCGAAAGCGUCGGCGUCGAAAGCGUUCGCGCAAACGUUUACGGAAAUUGCCAAGAAAGCGCCUUCGUUUGCUAUUUCCGGAGAAUUAAAAGAUGGAUUAGCUUCGGCGUGUAGAGAAUUGGGCGCGACCGCGGCGUUUGAACAAGCGAUGCGACAGAGAGAGCGGGAGAGAGGGAAGAGCGCGUUGUUGAAGAACGCGGCGGGCGGCGGCGGUUCCUCGAUUCGAGGCGGGAGUGGCAUUAAGCGAGAACGAUCAGAGGACGCUUCUUUAGCGCCGUUAACGGCGGGUGGGGACGACGGCGGGAUGAAGAGAGCGCGUUUACGCGCUCCGCCGCCACCGCCGCCGUUACAACAGCAGCAGUUUCAAUAUUACCAGCAGCAACAACAACAGCCGUAUUAUCAUCAGCAACAACCAGUACAUUACGGAGGCGCGGGGUUGCCGAUGAUGCAACAACCGCACCACGUUGUCAGUCUAGGUGGACACGGGAUUCCACCUCCGCCACCGCCGGCGCCGUUACACCCGAGAACUGAUCCCGGGAUUUUACAACAAGUUUUAGCAACUUUAGAACAACUCGCGGCGUCGGAUUUGAACAUGUUGCAGAAUUUUGUGACGCAGUUAGGGACGACGUCGCCAGCCGCCUUGGCGGACGCGGUGCUUUUAUUCUUUAGAAAUCCGGCGACGACAUUGAAUCAAGCGGUUUUGGGGAUGAAUUUUGCGCCUACUCAAGGUGCGCUCGCUCCGGCGGCGCCUUCAUCGCUGGAAAAUGCGCAACAGAAAGACUUGGGCACCGGGGCGAUUCUUUCCGCCAUCGCCCGCGUGCAGAAGCUUUCGAAAAGUGCAAAUCGUAAAUUCGCGUUGGAUUGCGCCAAACGCAUACGAGCGUACGGAGCACUGAGAGCCGAUGGCGACGCCAAGGCGAAUUCAUUGAGUAGUAUUCGAUUAGCGCUCAUAGCACGAUUAGCCUGCGCGGAUGCGAUUCCAGACGGUUCUUCCGUCGGUAGCGGUAAUAAUAAUAGUAAGAAGAACGAAGACGAAGACGGGGAAGAGGACCGAAAUCAACGGCCACCCAUGGCGACCGAAACGAAAGUUGGCGUUUUGAAACCGAUGGAUGGGAAUCUUCGAAUAGCGUCCCACGUCGCCGACGCGCCGAUGGUUGCUCGUUCGAUUUUGUUCCCGGUGGACGAUGAGAACGCGCCUUUAGAAAGAGACGGCGUGCAAUCGUGCGCGAGAUGGUUAGCUGCGUUGCACGCGGCGGAGCUCGCGCAGAGUUUAGGCGCUUCAUCCGCGAAAGCGGAAAACAAUAAAAAGAAGAAGAAAAAAGACGAAGACGCCGCCAACGCGCAGGACAAAGACGGGUUUCACUACUACUCCAUGGGCGUGCGCAAAGAUGACGCCAUUCGCGCCGUCAUGCGCAUUCUCGCCUCCGACCCUCGCGCCAGAAGACACGAAAUCUCCGAAAAAAGGCUCACGGGCGAAAAGAAACUCCUCUCAAAAAUUCUCUGUGAAAUUCCGUUCGAUAUUCCUAAUAAAGCCUGGGACGCGCUUCGCGAGAUGCUCGGUAUGAGCGGCAUCGACGAAUACGACGUAUCUCGAGACGAGGCGUUUAGCGUCGAAUCGAACAAGAACGACGAUUCUGUCGUGAACCUUGCGUUGCACGUGUUGAGAGAUUUGUGCGUCGACCGACCACCGGCGCGAGCAAACGCGUUGGAAAUUCUCUUAGAGUGUGCGACGAACACGGACGCGAGCGCGGACGAACGCACGAGGGCGAAAGCUAUUCGUCUCGUGGCGAAUCGAUUACACCAACAGCACGCGGCUGAGGCGGACGCGAGUACGACUGGGGUGAUAACAACCAACGAAGUUGAGCAGUACGCCAUCAAAUCGGCGACGGAGAACGGCCGCGAUAUUGGUGCGGCGCAGUUGCAAUUAGCCAACGAAGCGAUCGAGGCGCGCGCGAUUGAAAAGAACGAAGCGGAAGCCAUCAAAGGCAUGACGACUGGAAUUGAAGACACCGCGGAACAAGAAGGCGACGACCAUCGAGAGAAAGAAGAAAGGGAGGAAGAGCAAGAACUGUCCGACCCGUACGCGAGCGCGAAAAAGAUUGCCGUUGCGCCUUCUUUGCUUUUGUGCGCGUUGACUGCGAAAAAUCCGUCUUUACUUCCAAACGUCCUCGCGGCGUACGAAGCGCUUCCUCUCGAACUUCGCGAAGGAUUGCACGGACCAGUCGCUGGCUUAGCCCGGCGGUUAGGCCCAUCAUCUCCCGACAUUGUUCGUGUCAUCGCAUCUUCUACGAUCGAAUCGAGGCCGUUGAUACUGUACAUCGUCCAAGCGCUCGCUAAAGCCUCCGCGCCGGCACCGUUGCCGAAAGCGCUCGUGAACGCUUGCGAAACGCUCGCGGUUGAAUCGACCAAAAAAGAUUCGAGUUUACCGGACGCUUACAUGGAAGUUGCUCUUGUUUUCGGGUCCAUCGAAAAAGAGAAAGCCAAAGAAUUGCUCCCAAAACUGGUGGACGUGCCUUCGCCGUCGGCGUUUGAAUGCGCCGUCGUGAGUUUGCAAAACUCCAACCUCGAAGCUCGGGCGUCCGCCACGGACGUUCUCGUCGCCUUGCACGAACUCGACAUUCGCACCACCGACGACGCCGCAAACGACACCGCGAAUAAAGCAGGAGUCUCCCUCAAAUCGCUCGUCAACGUUUGCAACACCUGCUUCUCUGCCGAUACCGCGGACUACUUCACCUCCUCUGCGGUGGCCUCGGCGCUUUCGCAUCUCGUCGACCGAACGCCUCUGCCGAAACUCUUCAUGCGCACCGCCAUGCUCGCGGAAACCGCGCACCCGUCGCUGAAAGAAUUCUCCCUGGAACUUCUCGAAAAGCUCGCGAAAAGAAAAGUCUGGACGAUGGACCGCGGCAUCUGGGAGGGUUUCGCGCGAAGCUGCAAAAAAGCCGCGCCGCGGUCCUUCCCCGUGCUCGCGAACAUGUUGCCCAUGGACAAGACGAAGGAAAUUUUAGAAAAAUUCGGUACGCAUUUGCGAGCGCCUUUGAAAGCGUACGCGGAAGCGACCGGCGCGAAGAAUUUGUUGGACGUUUUGAAGGAGGAUGAAGAGGUUUAA